UUCUGGCGCACAACAGCGGACACUGCUCCCCCGACACUGUCCUGAUCGAAGUUCUACUGCUGGGAAGACGCUCGACGUUUGCUUUUCAAAAGCUGCUUGCUUCUUUACAAAGGAUUAUAACGCCAUGGCUGGAUACCCUCGGGAAGGACCGGGAGGGGGGAAUUAUUCUCAACGUCCAGAUAAUGGAGGUUAUGGUCAAUCGGCUGGGAUGAAUCAAUGGGAUGAGAAUCAAAGGCAUAACCAAUUUCAACAUUCCGAAAUGACUAGAUAUUAUGAUCUGCAUUCCAGAGGAUGGGAUCAAUAUUCCGAAAUGGCUGAUGAGCCCCGGAGAGGCAGAGGGAGAAGGCAUAAUCCUCAUCCUCAAUAUUGUAUGCCUAAUUAUGGUCCACAGCAACGGAACGGAGGAGAGUGGAAAAGAUGGAGGAGAGAUAAUGAAGAACAACACUACGACAACAGGGCAGACCUGGGCAGCCGCCUUAAGCAGCGGCGCAACGCAAGGGGGAGCAUCGAGAGAUUUGUUCGUGGCGUCCAUAUGCCUCUUGAAGAACUAACAGCAGAAUAUCGCCACUCCCCAUAUUCCUGUGUUGAGCCGAAGCCGUACAUCAACUGGGAGGAGAGAGUUCCACGUUACCCUGGACCAGUGGAGUUCCGUGUGUCCAGGAUAGCUCACGUCACAACUGAAAAGGGCCUGAAUGGCAUUCUGGGCAAUGGUGGUUUUAAGGGCGGUAAAAGGGAUGGUGGCUUCCUGUGGUGGGGCCUUGCACUCGGCCAAGAUGAGAUUGCAGAGGCGGAGGACAGGUAUGUGGACACGGCCUUCCCUAUCCAGUCUCCAGAGAAGGAAGAGACUUGGGACGGGAAGGAGGAGCCUUUCCUGUCCAAGUUCACCACCUCUCCCGUGUUUAAGGACGGGUCUCGCUACGGAAACUUCCGGUUCUCCUUCAGCCUUGAGGAGAUUCUGCGGGAGUACAGUACACAGUUCUGUGGCGGGGCAGAGCCCGUUAUUAGAGUUUGGGAGACCAUCAUGUACAAGCAGGAGAUCAUGUACAGCCUCAUGAUCCACAGUCCUGAGUUUCACCUACACGAUGACCUGCCCACACUGGGCAAAAACGUGGAGGGCGUGUGUGCUUACCACGAAGGCCAGAUUAUGUGGCAUGCUCAUGCCAUCUCAGGAAGUCAUGAAUGGAGGCUGAUAGAAUAUAGAGAUGAGAGAUGGUUUGAAGCAGAACCUGUUCAGGGUAAGGUGUGGUACAUGUGGGACCACGUGACUCUGGCCUUCUACAUUCCGGAGGGAGAGGUGCUGUCCUUCCCUAAGAAGAGGCUUCUUGACUGCCUGACUGCAUGUCGUAAUGGGGACAAUAAGCUCAAUGACCUCAUUGGUCAUAGAAAAGCAAAGGCCAUAGUGUCAAAGUUGAAACGCAGUGAUGUGUAGGUAGGAUGCUUCAUUACCCCAAGUGGACGUUUUAUGGUAUGUAGUAAUAGGGGUUAAGCUGUAGGCCUACUGUGUGCCCACAGCUCGCUACAGUUAUCAUGUUUUGGGCUUUUUUUCCUAAGUGAUGAUGGGCAACCUGGAUUCAGGAGGUUCAAUCCAGUGCCACAAAUUAGAUUAGAUUAGAUUAGAUUAAAUUUUAUUUAUCCCCAAGGGGAAAUUCUUUUUCUAGUUUGCUCUGUAGAUUAAAAAGAUAAGUAAAAAUAAAAAAUAAUAUAAAAAUAAAAAAGUAGAUAAAAAAUAAAUAAGGUGAUCAUGCAGAAAAGUCCAGGAGUUUCUCUUUGUCCUUAAUGGACAAAUUCCAAAUUACCUAGUUGUACCUGUCAAAUUAGGGUAAUCACUUGGUUGAAUCGGACAAAAAACAGGAUCUUUGGAAUAUGUGGCACUGGACUGUUGCUCGGGUCAGGUUAUAUUUUUGCUCUUGGUAUUUGAAAGCAAGGUGUAAGAAAUGUAGCUCGCUACAAAUGCAUUACGGAUGUAGAUUAAAAAUAUGAAAGUAAUAAUUGCGCUGAUUGAAGGUGCGGUGGCUAGGUUUCAUAUAUCCUUGAACUAUCAUGGAUUCCAAAAGUGGUAUAUGAAUACACUGUGUUUACAAAAAUGGCAGUGCCAUAUGUUCUGCCUAUGAGUGGCUAUAAUGUUCGGAAAGGAUACGUUGUGCAGUUUCAUAUGAAAUAUGAAACGAAACAGUCCAAAAAAUGAAGUGUAUUGUUUUUGUAAAAUACCUUACAGAAAUUACAUUCACAAUACAGGUUUUCUUCAGGGGACCUAUUUAACCCCUUUGUGCAGAGCCUCUGUUAUUACUUUAUAAUCACCAAAAUGGUAAUGAGUAAGUCUUAACGCAUUGAUUGAGGCUCAUAAUGUCAUAGCAAUGUUGUUAUGAUGUAGUUAGAUCUUUUCAGCAAAGAGAGGCAGGCCCAUCUGCCCAUCUCAUCUGCACAAUACUGUUGUCACGACUUUUAUACUUUUAUGUAUAUCGUCCAAUUUUUACUUUUUACCUCUAAGCCUAAUCCUCCACACCUCCACUUUCCCAAAUACUGUCGUCAUUACUUUGUGUACGCUACAGCUUUUAUUUUUAAUUUAUAUUAUAUUUAUACUAAAUUUAUAUAAAUAUCAUGCAGUACGAAGUAUACAACAAGUCAAUAAAAAAAUCAUUGUAUUUUUUGUAGUAUUUUCUGCUCAUGUUAUAUUGAAGGAAAAAAGUGUUUAUGAUUGUUUUAUGUCUUCUUACAUUCUGUUUGAAUUAUUCCGUUUGUUUACAUAUCAUAAGUGAUGUACAUGUGUUUUCAUUCUCUAUAUUGCUGAAACCUGACCCAAA